UUAGCUCUCUAUCUCUGGGCCAAGGCCAAGGGCCUAUCGCUAUGAAGAUGUUAGAGAAAGCUGUCAAGGAUGGGACCUGGGUUGUUCUUCAAAACUGUCACCUUGCCACUUCUUGGAUGCCAACUCUUGAGAAAGUUUGUGAGGAGUUAAGUGCAGAAUCAACACACCCUGAUUUCCGAAUCUGGCUGACGAGUUACCCAUCUCCAAAUUUCCCUGUGUCAGUCCUGCAGAAUGGAGUAAAAAUGACCAACGAAGCACCAAAAGGAUUGCGGGCUAAUAUCAUCCGAUCAUACCUCAUGGACCCGAUCUCUGAUCCUGAAUUCUUUGGCAGCUGCAAAAAGCCUGAAGAAUUCAAGAAAUUGCUUUAUGGCCUCUGUUUCUUUCAUGCUUUGGUACAAGAGAGGCGAAAAUUCGGACCCCUGGGGUGGAAUAUUCCUUACGAAUUCAAUGAGACAGAUCUAAGAAUCAGUGUGCAGCAACUCCACAUGUUCCUGGACCAGUAUGAGGAACUUCCUUACGAUGCUCUCCGCUACAUGACUGGGGAAUGUAAUUACGGAGGCCGGGUGACCGACGACUGGGACCGGCGCACACUGCGUAGCAUUCUCAACAAAUUCUUCUGCACAGAAUUAGUUGAAAAUCCACAAUACAAAUUUGACUCUAGUGGCAUCUAUUUUGUUCCUCCCUCUGGUGAUCCCCACGUACUGCCUUCAGAAUAA